AUGCUGUAUCUGGUCGGGCUUGGUCUGGCGGAUGAGACCGAUAUCACUGUCCGGGGAUUAGAGAUCGUCAAAAAAGCCGAACGAGUGUAUCUUGAAGCUUAUACGAGCAUCCUACUUGUUGAUAAAGAAAAACUAGAAGCUUUUUAUGGGCGUUCUGUCAUUGUAGCAGAUCGCGAAUUGGUCGAGACUGGAAGCGAUGAUAUACUGCAAGAUGCUGAUAAAGUAGAUGUCGCGUUUCUGGUAGUCGGGGAUCCAUUUGGGGCUACAACGCACACUGACCUCGUUUUGCGAGCCCGCGAACUCGGCAUCAAAACGUCAACUAUACCAAAUGCCUCGAUUAUCUCCGCGAUAGGCUGCACCGGUCUCCAACUUUAUAAUUUUGGCCAGACCGUUAGUAUGGUAUUUUUCACAGAGACAUGGAAGCCAUCUUCGUUCUAUGACCGAGUGAAGGAAAACGUUCAAUUAGGGUUUCAUACCUUGAUGCUUCUCGAUAUCAAAGUUAAAGAACAGUCACUAGAGAAUAUGGCACGUGGGAGGAAAAUAUACGAACCACCAAGAUACAUGACCGUUGCGCAGUGUGCGAGGCAGAUGCUGGAAAUAGAGGAAGAGAGGAAAGAAUGUGUGUAUGGUCCGACUAGCCUUGCUAUAGGUGCUGCGCGUGUUGGUGCGUCUGACCAACAUCUUGCCGUUGGGACUUUGAAAGAGCUAUGUGAUGUUGAUAUGGGCAAACCCUUGCACAGUUUGGUUCUACUUGGGAAAAAGACCCAUGAUCUAGAAAGAGCUUAUAUUCGGCAGUUUGCCAUCAACAAAGCGACAUUUGACGAGAUUUGGAAAGCUUAUUACGGAACGAGUCCAUGA